CCACCGUAGUCCAAACAGCGCAGCCUAUGCUUUCCAUAUAUAAUACUAAGGUUGUUGUUUUCUCAGUGAAACUCUUGUCGUCUUGGGGUUAGCAAGCUCCGGUUUGCUUCAUAGCGUAUCAAAUGAUAGUACAGUUAGUUAGUUUACCUCAUUCUUCUGACAAUUAAUGCUAAAAAAAAAAAAAAAUGGACUACUUGCUCGGAGUGAAAGUAGGCUCUCUGUUUGGUUUGUUGUUUUUGACUCUCCUUUUUGGAUUUAUCCCAGCUCGAGUCCUGUGGUUCAGGACACAAACGCGACAGAAAUCCAACGGACAGUCCUGAGUCUGAUUAGCUGUUUUGCUGGUGGUGUUUUCCUGGCAGCAUGUCUGCUGGACAUCAUUCCCACUUAUCUGUCCGACAUCAGCGUCGAGCUGGAGGCUCGGAGUGUGGAGACCAACUUCCCCCUUCCAGAGUUUAUCAUGGCAUCUGGCUUCUUCGCUGUCCUCAUCCUGGAGAGGAUAGUCCUAAACUGUGGGGGGGUGAGAGGAGCUCAGGAGGAGAGGGCGCCUCUGAUACAGGACCACAGGAACGGUCAUGGACACGGGCACAACCCUGUAGCGGACCCUGAUGUGGAGGGCAGCAGCCAACACGUCCACGUUGACUUCAACGCUCACUCCCCUUUUCGUUCCUUCAUGCUCUUCUUCUCCCUCUCUAUCCACUCGAUAUUUGAGGGCCUAGCUAUUGGUCUGCAGAGCACAGACUCAAAGGUUUUAGAGCUCUGUGUCGCUAUACUUAUCCACAAGAGCAUCAUCGUGUUCAGCCUAUCUGUGAAGCUGGUCCAGAGCGCCGUCAGUCCGUUAUGGGUGGCUGCUUACAUCGGAGUGUUCGCCAUGAUGUCACCCAUAGGCAUCGCCAUCGGCAUCUCUGUAAUGGAGGCGGGGCUAGCAGCUGGAGCACUCAUCCAGGCCAUCCUCGAGGGGCUCGCUGCAGGGACAUUUGUUUACAUCACGUUUAUGGAGAUCCUCCCACAUGAGCUCAACUCCCCUGGGAGACAGAUUAUCAAGGUGCUCUUCAUCCUGCUGGGCUUCAGCGUCAUGGCAACUUUGACGUUUUUGGGCUGAGACUGAGACCAGGUGGCAAAUCAGCUGGCGCCCGUGUCAGGAUGUGACCUGGGCGCUUUGUGCAAUCUACUGCAGCAAAGAAGUAGAGUUACUUUUGCACUGUUACAUCCAGCUCUGGAGUCUUUAAUCGUAAAGGCAGCAUGACAACAGAUGGUGGUUUUAUCACUUUUAAGAUACUUUAAAAACAUUUGUUAAAAGAGGAUUCCCUAAUAUCAUGUAUUGGGUUGAAAGGAAAGAGGAAACACGUAAAGCUAAGGCAAGUUUGUUGAACCACUUCGAGAAGCACAGGGAAAAGAUCACUGUGUCUACUCAUUUACCACUAUCCGUGUUUUCAAACAUGCUUCUGACCUGCAAACAAAAGCACAAUCUAACCUUUAUCCAGGAAACCUCUGGAUACAAAGGGCAGAGUUGUACGCAUAUGAUACCUUAUAAUUAAUUCAAUCACACUAGUAUACAGGCACCACCAGAUUUUUAAGGUUUACAUUUAAUUGUAAUGAAUCCAAACAAGAAGCUUCCGCACUUUGGUUUUAGUGUUUUACUUGGUACGCCCUUCACUACAGACACAGCUUGACGGUUGGCCUUAGUGAAUUGUUAUUUUUAAUGCCGUUUCUACUGACACAAGUUGAUUUGCUUAAUACUGACAGUUUAGCUCAAUUCUUUUAGUUGUAGGUUUCACUAUUGUAACACUUUUAUGCCUCAUCUUUACUAACUGAAUGAUUGAUCAACAUUUCAGGCAGUCCAGAUCACUAGUUUGUACAUGUAAACUGAUUCCCUGGUGCCUUAGAAAGUUGAAUGCCAAAAUAAGAGAGAAAAUGUUUGAUUCAUUUUUAUUCUGUUUGCACUUUUAUAAUAAAGCUUCAGUGGUUAUUACCACAGAUGAGAAAGAAUGACAUGUAUUUGGCUGUAUUUAAAACUGCUCAUCCCUGUUAUUUACAUUCUAUUGACCUUUGCCUGUGUUCAGCCUUUUCUGUUUGCCACAAUGUUCACUCCAACGCUCAUUCUUUUACCAGCAUCAAGAUAUCAAAGCAAGCAGGACAACACAUUGGGUGCUUUACUGCAAAUGUUCUUGGUUUAAGGGCAAAUACGGUACUUUUAAUGGCCCAUAUUUAUAAUUUGAUAAUAAUAAUGUAUGCUUUUUAUAUGCUAAGUAUUAAAGCAGUGUGAAAAUACAUUUCAAAAGUAUGCACAGAGUUAAAAAAGGUCCAGUUUGUCUGUGCUUUCAGCCUGCUUACACUCAAUUCAACUAUUAUGCUAAUUCCAUCACAUGCAGAUUAUUAACUGUGCUCAGUCACAUUUCCUGUUUUAGUCCCUCAUGUGAGGGUCUGAUGGUUUCAUCAACAGAACAAAUAGCAGAAGUUGGAGGUUAUGGAUUAUUUGUCUCACAAAAAACAUGCAUAUGUCAGCAAAAACAUUUUUUUGGGUAAUACCAGUUUAAAUGGGCAUGCACAUACCAACAAAUGUCUUGUGCAAUGUUAGCUAGCUAACUGCCAUGUUAGAUAGGCUAUUAAAUGGUGUAAUGACAUUACUUGAUGUAUUACUGAAUAAGUUAUCAGAUGUGUUUUGUAACAUAAAAUUUGGCCUGAUGUCCCACUG